CCCGCCUCCCCCAGCCUGUCCACGCACGCGGCCGCCGCGCUGGCCACGCCCCGCCGCGGCACCUCCACCUCCCUCAUUGGGAAGAUCACCUCCAAGUUUGGGCGCAGGAGCCUAUCAGGGGAGCACAAAGAGGAGGGGCGGGACUCCAAGCCUCGGGCGCUGCGCUUCACCUGGAGCAUGAAGACCACGUCCUCCAUGGAGCCGGGGGACAUGAUGAAGGAGAUCCGCAGAGUCCUGGACGCCAACAACUGCGACUACGAGCAGCGCGAGCGCUACUCCCUGUUCUGCGUGCACGGCGACGCCCGGCAGGACAGCCUCGUCCAAUGGGAGAUGGAGGUGUGCAAGCUGCCCCGCCUCUCGCUCAACGGCGUGCGCUUCAAGCGGAUCUCCGGCACGUCCAUCGCCUUCAAAAACAUUGCCUCCAAAGUGGCCAACGAGCUCCGCCUGUGACGGAGGACUCCCCGCUGACUGCUGUAGGACUCGGAGGAGACUCCCCGUGUUAUACACUUAACUAUUUAAUGUUCCCACUAACUGCCCGUGAAACCAAAUAUCACCGCGGGUGUCCAGGACGCCGGUUCAACCCUCGGAGAUGUCACUUCCUGCCGCGGCGAGCGUUGAUUCAUCACUGUUUACGUGCACUUCAGCUUCUUACAAAACCUCGGGAAGAAUCCCGUAGAGAACCAGAAUCUGUUGAGUCUUUAACAGAUUAUGGGAUUAUUUUG